GAUAUGACAGCUGUGACGUCUCUCUACCUCAGUUGUCUUCAUUGUUGCCACUAGGGGGCGCAGCUCUGGAGUACAUUUGAGACGUCUCGUCGUCUCAUAAGGAAGCACAUACUGUCAGGGAUUCGAACCUGAAACCAUAACUAUGGCAGACAAUUACCAGUACCCCGUUUUUUUCGAGUGUCACAGGCUUCUUUCGGAGAAGAACAAAAAGAAAACAGAGAGGUUUUUCCGUGUUCACAGACGGUCCGGCGGAGGAGACUGCGGUCCAUUAACGAGAGAGGCUGAUAAUGUCUACAGCAUAGCGUUCAAAUAUCAGAAAGAUCAACAGGAAGUGUUGAAGAAAUCUAAGCACGUCGUUGAGCUCACUGACAGCUUUCUGGUGUUCAGUGUCAGGGGCAACCUGUCACCUCCCAGCUCCUCACAUGACACCACCGCUGCAGCGGCAGCAGAGAGCCAGCAGUCCAUUCCUGACCUAACUGAUGCAGUGGGUGAAGCUAGAGACUGGAAAGGAGAGGAAGACCAACAGUGUGAUGGUACUCUGGUCCACUUUGAUAAAAAUCCAGAUGAGGUUGAAGCUCAAUACUACAGAGGAGAAGACAGCAGAUUGAGGACCUCGGGUGUGGGAGGUACUCUGGUAAACGCAGAGUUGUUGGACGUAGAGGAGGAGCGACAUUUCGGUGAGAGCUCUGGAAAGGUGGUGAGGGCCAUGCAAAAAGCAUGUGACAGGCAGCUUCUGGGGCAAAGUGCUGCCUACCGUACAGGAAGCGAAGAUCCAUUUGGAAGGGAGUUUGAUUCUGCUGGACAAAAUGUAGCCAGAGGAGCCACAGCUGGAGCUCCCAAAGGUCUCGUCCAGGUUGAGAUUGUUCAGGGGACCAUUGAAAACCAGCAGACAGAUGCAGUGGUGUCUCCAAUGGUCUUCAACGAUCCUCUGUCUACUCGUGUUGGAAACAUUCUCAGUAAAGCAAUUGGUCGUCGUGUGACUAAAACGAUUAUAGGGAAGUCAGAAGGUGAAAUGGGGCCUGGUGACUUCAUUCUAGAGGAAAAUCUGACUGGAGUUCCUUUUGGUGCCGUGUUCUUCCUCAGCCUUGUUCGGUGGGAUGCAGAAGACAAUGGAACCGCGGUUCAGGUUCUCCGACUGGGCAUCAACCAAAUUCUGACUUCCUGUGAAAGCAAAGGGUUUGGAUCUGUAGCAAUACCUGCACUUGGGGCUGGCAUUGCUCUGGGUUUCCCAAUCACUGUAGUAGCCAGGGUUUUACUGGAGGAGAUCUCUAAAUUUGAGCAGGAGAGAACCACCAGCGCACCAGUUCAAGUUCUCCUUGUUCUACCAGAUCAAGAGGGUUGGGAGAUCUUCAAGUGUGUACAAGAAGGUAUGCAGUACAACAGAUCUACUGAAAAUGAUCAGGUCUCCAGUCCAACAAGGAUCGUUCUGCUGGGGAAAACUGGAAUUGGGAAAAGCCACCUAGCUAACACCAUCCUGGGGGAGGAAGUUUUUACUUCAUGCCAUUCACCUAAUGCUGGAACAAGAAGAUGUCAAUCAGAGACCAGAACAGUUAAUGGCAGACGCCUCACUUUGAUCGACACACCUGGUUUCUUCGACACCGACAGGUCGGAAGAGGAGCUGAAGCCGGAGAUAAUGCGUUGCCUCACGGAGUGCGCACCUGGACCGCACGUCUUCCUCAUUUUACUUAGAGUUGACAGAUUCACAAAGCAUGAGCAACAGGUUAUCACAAAAAUAUGCGAUCAUUUCUCAGAGGAUGCUCUGAAAUACGCUGUAAUCGUGUUCACUCACGGCGAGCAGCUCCAAGAAGGGAUGAAAAUCGAAGAGUUUGUCAAUGAGAAUAAGAAUCUGAGUAAUCUGGUGAAGAAGUGCGGAGGUCGGUGCCAUGUCUUUGAUAAUAAACACUGGAACGGAGAAGGGCAAGAUGAUUACAGGAACAACCAGGUCCAGUUGGAGGCGUUCCUUCAGACAGUAGACAAGAUGAUGGUGGAAAAAAACGGAUCCUACUACACCAAUGCGGUUCUGCAGCACGUAGAAGAAAGGAUCCAGAAGGAAGAAAAGCAGAUUAGAGAGGUGGCAGAGUAUUUACCCCCACAGGAGAUCAGGAAGCGGGCUAAAACGUUUGUGUCUAAUGAAUUUCUGAUCCAGUUAGUGGGUACUGCCACCGGUGCUUUGUUGGGGGCAUUUUUCGGAGUGGCAGCGCUAUUGGAAGUUGUAAUGAAAGUUGUGAAUACAGCCCAGGUGAUGAAACACGUGAAAAACCUAAAAACGAUGGCACCUGCAGCAGUUGGAAAUGAGGUGGCAGUCGUGGCUGGCGGUGUAGCGGCAGGUGUUGCUGUGCUAGCUGCAGCUGCUUUAGGGGGAAUUCAAGGUGGUGCUAUUGGAAGUGAAGCAUGUAACGAAGUGAAAACGCCGAUGGAGGCAAUUGAGAAGAGUUAUGAGGCUGUUAUGAAGAAAAGACAUACUUUCAGGAUGCUUUCACAAAAUUAAUAUUGUGGAAGCAUAUCAAUCUCAUAACGAUUGCAUUGGCAUUGAUUAGGAAAUUUAAGGUUUUUUUUUUUUUUUUUCUUUGCAAUUACCAUAAAUGUACAAUAUUUUGUGUUAUCAGCUCCAGCAUUUUGAGUGUCUUUUUAACCUUAGAAGUCACAGCAUCAAUAUGCAGCUAACAGGUGCAUUUUGCUAACAGAUACACACUGGAAUGUCAAUGGAUUGUUUCAUACGAGCUUCAUAGCAUCUUGUGGAACCAGUGCCAAUAAGAGGAUAGGGGAUAUUUUUUAGAACCAACACUAUUCAAACAUCUGGUUAAUGCUGCUGAUCAUUUUUUGUCAAAAAUACUUUACAUGUUUUUAUGUAAAAAAAAAUCUAUUUUUAAACUGCACUAGCAAGAUUUAGGUACUAGUUCUUCUAUUGCUUCACUUAUCUUUUUAAAUUCCUGCUUUUGUAAAGGCACUUUAUUUUGUCAGGUAGUUCAUAGUACUACUUGUUUUAGACAGACUGUCAUUCUGCUGCAUAUUCACAGCAUACAUAUUGAGCAAAAUUUUGUUGCAAGGCUCCCAACAGAUAAAAAAAAAAGUU